AUGGCGUUAUCAAAUUUCGUGCUUACUGUAGUAGGAAUCGGCGCGGCCGUUCUGUUGCUCAAAGGAGACGUCAAGAGGACGGCGACGACGUUAAGACGGAACGUCAGGCAGAUGAGAGUGUGGUUGGAGGAGGAAGAAGCGGCCGUUAAAAAGUCGCUAAACGACACGCCGAAGCAGAUCGAGCGGGAAGCGAAGGAGACGGUCCUCGAUCCCGUGGCCUCGCUCUCUCCCAUCCCUUUCCGCCGCCCUCACUCUCUCCCCUGCCAUUCCGUCGCCCUCGUUCUCUCCCCUCCCUUACCGCCGCCCUCGCUCUCUCCCCUCCCUUUCCGUCGCCCUCGCUCUCUCUCAUCCCUUUCUGUCGCCCUCACUCUCUCCCCUCCCUUUCAGUUGCCCUUGCUCUCUCCCCUCCCUUUCCGUCGCCCUCGCUCUCUCCCCUCCCUUUCCGUCGCCCUCGUUCUCUCCCCUCCCUUUCCGCCGCCCUCGCUCUCUCCCCUCCCUUUCCGUCGCCCUCGCUCUCUCUCAUCCCUUUCUGUCGCCCUCGCUCUCUCCCCUCCCUUUCAGUUGCCCUUGCUCUCUCCCCUCCCUUUCCGUCGCCCUCGCUCUCUCCCCUCCCUUUCCGUCGCCCUCGUUCUCUCCCCUCCCUUUCCCUCGCCCUCGCUCUCUCUCAUCCCUUUCCGUCGCCCUCGUUCUCUCCCCUCCCUUUCCGCUGCCCUCAUUCUCUCCCCUCCCUUUCCGCCGCCCUCGCUCUCUCCCCUCCCUUUCCGUCGCCCUCGUUCUCUCCCCUCCCUUUCCGUUGACCCUUGCUCUCUCCCCUCCCUUUCCGUCGCCCUCGCUCUCUCCCCUCCCUUUCCGCCGCCCUCGCUCUCUCUCAUCCCUUUCCGUCGCCCUCGCUCUCUCCCCUCCUUUCCGUCGCCCUCAUUCUCUCCCCUCCCUUUCGUACUUGCUAUCUCCCCUAGCAUUCCUCUCGCGCCGGCAGCUAUGGCCACCCUCCGCGUUCUCUCGUUCGAUGCUGAGGGCCGCCCGAUUCAGUUCGAAACCUGGCUAGAUGACCUGCACCUGUUCUUAAUGAGCGAUAGCAAGGACAAUGUUUCACUUUUCGACCACACGUCUGGUGCCUCAGUCGCUCCUGCUGCCACAGCUGAGCUUAGCGCCCGUUCCCAGUGGCAGACUCGUGACGCUGCUGCUCGCCUAGCCGCCCUGUACGACGCUGUAGUUGCUCGCUACACCUCUCCUGCCACUGCUGCGCUUAGCCACCUGAUGCUGCCCUACCUGUUUCCUGAGCUGUCCACCUUUGCCACAGUUGCCGAUCUCAUUACCCACCUAUGCACUAGUGACACUCGCCUUUGCGCCGCCCUCCCUACAGAGUUCGCAGCUAAGAACCCGCCUCCGAUGUACUGGACCCUCCACUUCAUAGUCACCCGUCUCCCUGACUCUCUCAGCUCGGUCAGGGACCACUUUCUCGCUCGCUGUCCCACCGAGCUCACUGUCGACCUCCUAGAGGAGCACCUCCUUGCAGCAGAGAAGAGCAUUGUCGCUGUAGCUGCUGCUCGUGGCGCUCCUCGCACCCCCAUCUUUGAGGGGUGCUCUCCCUCUCCCCUCGCCCCCUCCUUCGCUACUGCUGCUGCUGUCGACUUCCUUGGUGCUGAGUCUGCUGGUGCUGCUUCUGCUCCUAGUGGGAGGCGCCGCAACGGCAAGGGCAAGGGAGCCAAGGGUAGCGGAGGUGGCACCGGGGGGGGGGGUGGUGGUGGAGGCGGUGGAGGAGGAGGAGGUGGCGGAGGGACCGGUGGCGGGAGUGCUGGCGGGAGUGGUAGCGUCGGUAGCGGCGGUGGAGGCGGUGGCGGCGGAGGGGGUGGCGGCGGGGGUGGCAGCGGCGGUGGCGGCGGCGGUGGCGGCGGCGGUGGUGGCGGCGGUGGCGGUCGGGGUGGAGGCCUUGGCGCUGGCCAGAGACAGCAGUAG